AUGGACAAGACAGAGUACAUCCGUCUACUAAGUGAUGCUUCCAUCAAAGACACAACGAAGUUCACCCCUAUCAACACAGAAAGACCAAAAACACGCGGCCGGCCUCCUAAACACUACCAUCCCUUACUACAAAAAGAAAAACAGCUGGAGUCCGUCGUCAGAAAAAUCCUGCCAAAGCCGAUUGCUGACACAGUUUGUCGCAAAGGUUCCCGGCUUGCUCACCUUUAUGGUCUUCCAAAGACUCACAAACAGCAACUAUCAAUGCGACCGAUACUAUCAUCGACUGGGACCUACAACUUCGCCCUGGCCAAGUGGCUUGAAGAGAAGCUUAAGCCCCUUUCAUUAAAUCAGCACACUAUCUGCGAUAUCUUCUCCUUCGCCGAAGUGAUAAGGGAAACACCACUCAACCCGAAUGACAUUCUCGUGUCGUAUGACGUAUGUGCUUUAUUUACCAACGUGCCACUCGACGAGACUAUUGAGAUCAUCGCUGAAAAAGCCUUUAAAAACAACUGGUUUAAUGAAACGCAUGGUCUCAACCUCACAAAGACAGGUCUUACCGAACUUUUAAGAAUAGCAACCAAAGAUCAGCUAUUUCAGUUCGACGGUCAACUUUAUGAGCAGGUGGACGGUGUGGCCAUGGGCUCGCCCCUGGGACCCCUUAUGGCAAACGUUUUCCUGUGCUCCAUUGAAGAACAACUGGAUCGCAACAACAAGUUACCAAGUUUCUACAAAAGGAGAAACUUGCGGCUCUGA